AUGCUCCGCGAGGGCAAGAGCUCCAUUCGCCCGGCGUCGCGGCGCGCCUCCCCAGCGGUGGAGGUCAGCGCGGCCGCGGCAGGGGGCGCACGGGAAGAGGAAUUUGCGCUUCUGCACGACGAGGGCGGCGGAGCGGAGGCGUUUGGGAUGUGGAUCAAACUGACUGACAAACUGACGGAGCUGCUGACGUCCGGCGACGAUGGCGUCGAGGCGAUGAUGAAGUUCGGACGGAACGGCAGUGGGCACGUGCGUGAGGAAGGGCGCGCUGAGGGGGAGUGCGAGGCCAUCAGGGUGGGCGGAGUGGAGUUCAAGGUCACGUCCCACAGCGAGCCCGACCCCGCGCUCUGCGACGUCUACCGCCUCCUGCCGCCCGCCGAGGCCGCGGGUGGCGGUGCGGAGGGCGGCGAGCGGCGGGCGCUGGAGCACGUGGCGCAGGUGGCGCGGAAGCUGAGCGUGCAGCGACCACUGGACGAGCGGGAGAAGGAGAAGUGGCGCGACCUCACCAAGAGCACUCCUAAAGUCGCCAGUAACAAGCUGAAGCUGGUGGAUCUCAAGGGCAACAAAGCAGCCGCCCCCACCGCCGAUGUGCACAGGGGUGCCGGGAGGGGCGCUGCGAGCUUGAGCGUUCAGAAGAAGCCAGGGCUCUUCAAGCGAUCUUCAGCCCCGCCCAUCCCCCCUCUGCCCAAGCAGCAGCAGCGCCUGUCGCCCUUCAAUCGCGCCACCCCCCCCACCAUCUCCCCGGACCUGUCCGUGGGGAGGGCGCUGGAGCCGCGGUCCGCCCACGCCACGCCCCCGCGCGCGCCCCCCCACGCACCGGACGCACACAACCGUGCCGCAGCCGCCCUGCUGGGGGGCACGCCUGAGACGCCUCAGGCGCCCCAGGUGCCGCAGGUGGCGGUGGGCGAGCUGCGCGCGUUCCUGGUGGACAUCCUGGGGCGCAACCCCAAGGGCGUCAGCAAAACUGCAAUGGAGAGGGCAACGGGGCAUGAGUGGGCGCAGCUCGACAGGGUCGUCAGGCAGGUCAGUCCCUCCCCUCCCCCACACGCACUGCAGGUCAGUCCCUCCCCCACACGCACUGCGGGGUUCUAUAGCGAGGCUGCAUGCGCCGGGGUACUACCGCCUGCUGCCAGGCGUCAAGGAGCCCGCCCACACCGCACACCCUGCAGCAGCAGCAGCAGCAGCAGCAGCCGCAGGGCGGUCCCCCAUACAGCGCCGCUCCACGUCCCCUCUGCCCUCACACUCCCCUCUGCCCUCACACUCCCCUCUGCCCUCACACUCCCCUCUGCCCUCACACUCCCCUCUGCCCUCACACUCCCCUCUGCCCUCACACUCCCCUCUACCCUCACACUCCCCGCGGCAAUCCCAUUCCACUCUAAGGACGCCUCCUCUCUCCCCUCUACCUGCCGCCUCCCCCCGCCCAUCCACGUCCCCCCUCCCAUCGGCAUCCCCCCGCCCCGCGUCCACGCCUCCACCGCACUCCCCGUGAGAACCACCCCCCUGCUCCUCGCCCCUUUCCCUCUCUCCCCCCGGCCCUCCAUCGCUGCCCUGAAGCCUCUAUGUGCCUGUGCUUCCAUGCUCACCGCCCUGCUGCUCCUCACCCUCACCAUCCCUUGCCAUCGUGCCUUCCUGCCCCGCGGUGAGGCAGCAGAGGGUGGGGGUGGCAGGGAGGGAGCGCGGGCGGGCAGGGUGCCGCUGCUGAACCUCAAUGAGACAGGCUUCGAUGAUGAGGAGGGGGGGGGAGAUGCGCAUGCGCAUGGGCAUGGGGAGAAGGAGCAGGAGGAGGAGGAGGACGAGGAGGAGGAGGAGGACGAGGAAGAGGAGGAUGAGGAGUUGGUGGUGGAAGAGGAAGAGGUGGGGGGGGAGGGGAAGGGGGAGGAGGAGGGCAGAGUGGUGGAGGGGGGGGUGAGCACAGCAGGGGGAGAGGCGGGAGAGAGGGGCUUAGGGGAGGGCGCUGGGGGCGAGGGGUGGGAUCACUCAAAGGGCGAAGGGGCAGGCGGGGAGGGGGGUGAGGAGAAGAAGGGGGAAGCGGGUGAGGAGGGAGGUGGAGAUGAAGGUGGGGAAGAGGAGGUGCGGUUGGAAGACCUGUUUGGGGAUGAGUCGCCCUCACAUGGGGAAGGGGAAGAGAGGGGGGAGGGAGGAGGGGCCAUUGGGGAGACUGGAGGUUUGGAGGGCGAGGAACAGGUGAAAGGUGAGAGUAGCGAGGGUGGGAGUGAGAGUGAGAGUGAAAGUGGGAGUGGGAGUGGCAGUGGUAGUGAGAGUGGGAGCGGGAGUGAGAGUGAGGGGGAGGGAGAUGCGGGCAGCAGCAGCAGUGGCAGCAGCGGCAGUGCGAGUGAGAUCGACAUCGACAUCGACGAUGGCGAGGGGGCGGACAGCGGCAGGGGGGGCGGCGAGGCGGAGAAGAGGGCGGAGGGCAAGGGGGCGAGGGCGCGGCACGAGGGGCGCGCACAUGGGCAUGGGCAUGGGCAUGGGCGGGCGGAGAGGGAGGCGAGGGCAGCGCGGGAGGGGCAGGCAGACGCGAGCACUGGGGGGGAGGAGGUGGGUGGUCAGGGGGGAAGUGGGGGAAUGGCUGAUGAAGCUGGUGUUGGACUUGGGGAAGGAGGGACCUGUGCGGAUGGGGGGAAGGGGGAGGAUGGGGGGAAGGGGGAAGAUGGAGGGAAGGAGGUGGAUGGAAGGAAAGGAGUGGAUGGAGGGAAGGAGUUGCAGGAAGGGCAGGGGGAGGAGGAGGGGGAGAUGGUAGGAGAGGGCGUGAGGAUAGAGAAUGAGGGGGACGAGAGGGGUGGCGAGCGGGGGGACAAAGAAAGUGGGAUGGGCGAAGGGAGACUGGAAAAGACUGAUUUUGAGAAGCAAGGGGAGGAGGGGGAGGAUGGAGAGGAUGGGGAGGAGGGAGAGCUGAAGGUGGAUGGCAGUGGGGAGGUGGGAGAUGGCAUUGCCGUGCAUGGUGAGAGGGAUGAGGCUGGCAAGGAAGGGACGGACGGGGGGGAAGGUAAAGAAGGAGAGAAGAGGGAGGAAGGGAAAGGAGGGGAGGAAAGGGAGGAAGGGAUCGAAGGGGACGCAGAGGAGGCAUGGGUUGGAAGGGAAUCGAGGGCUAAGGAGACAGAGAGUACGGAGCAGGACGAGGGGACACUCAGGGAAGCAGAGGAGAGGGAGAGAGUGAGAAAAGCAGAAGAGGAGGAGAGAGUGAGAACGGCAGAAGAGGAGCGAGCAGAAGAGGAGCGAGUGAGAAAGGCAGAAGAGGAGGAGAGAGUGAGAAAGGCAGAAGAGGAGGAGAGAGUGAGAAAGGAGAAGCUUGAGGAGGAGAGGAAGAGAGUGAGAGAGGAUAAUGUUCGGCGGAUGAGGGAGAGGGAGGAGGCGGAGCGGGUGGCAUUGGAGGAGAGAAUGAGAGAGGAAGAGGUGCGGCGAGCGAAGGAGGAGACAGAGCGGAGGGCAGAACAAGAAAAGGAGGCAAAAGAAGAGGAGAAGGAAAAGCGAGAGAAGGAGAAAGCUCUGAUGGCGAGGGAGGAGAGGGAGAGGAGAGAGAAGGAGAAAGAUGAUAAGGAGAAGACAGAGAGGCUUGGAAGGGAGAGAAGGGAAACAGAAGAGAGGGAAAGAAGGGAGGAGGAGAAAAGGGCGAAACUGGAAAAGGAAAGGGAAGAGAGGGAAGCGGAGAGGAGACAGGUAGAGAAGGAGCAGAAAGAGAUGCAGGAGAUGGGAAGGAGGGAGAAGCAGGAAAGGCAAGAAGAGGAGAGCAAGGCAAAGAAGAGGUUGCGUGUGAAGGGUGGGGAGGAUGAGGACGCGAGGGAGAAGGAGAAGGUGGGCGGUGUGAGGGAGGAGAUGGCAAGGCAGGGUGGGGAUGGAGAUGGGUUGGAGGAGGUGGGUGCAGGGCGAGGGGGCGACGAGGGACCCCGAGGGCUGCUCAAGGGAUCUGGGCCGCUGGGCCGAGAAGGUGAAGGCGGCCGGGGUGAAGGCGGCCGGGGUGAAGGCGGCCGGGGUGAAGGUGGCCGGGGCAGGGUGGGGGAGAAGAGGGAGAAGAGGAGGAGGCAGGAGGGCGGGCAGGAUGGGGCAGGGGAAGGCGGGCCGGCAGACAUGGGCGGUGGGAUGAAGCGCGGAGUGGGUGGCAAUGCUAACAAGCCCGAUGCCCACCCCGACUCCCCGCCUGCCCCAGAUGCCGCCGCGGCUGCUGUGGGCGGGUGGGCGGAGGGAGAUGAGAGUGGGAGGCAGGCGAGGCAGAAGCGGAGGCGGUAUGAGGAGGAAGCGGAGGAGGGGGGUGGGGCAGAGGGAGAGGAUGGCAGUGAUGAGGGGUGGGAGGGGCAUGACACAUCGUUGUAUGAGGCGUAUGAGAAGGACAAGCCCGAACUCAAGGAGCCAAUCACAUCUCGAGACCAGUAA